AUGAAGAAAGGAUGCCAGUUAUGGAUUCUGUGCUUACUCAGCAGUUGCGGCGACAGCAAAACACCAGUACAGAUAGUUCAGCGUCCUGCAGUCACUGCAAGUGAAUGUUCCACAUGGGGCAAUUUCCACUUUGUGACGUUUGACCGGGUCAAAUUUGACUUCCCUGGAACCUGCCAAUAUGUUUUUGCUUCACACUGCAACGACAGCUAUCAGGAUUUCAAUAUCCAGAUCAGGAGGAGUGUCAAUAAUAGGACUGCCAUCUAUUUCACUGCUAACAUAGAUGGAGUAGGAAAAAUGAUUAUUCUACCCUUCAGUUUGAAGAGUGUUCGAAUAGAAGACAUAAGUGCUUACUUCCGAGUCACCUCCACGUUAGGCCUGAUUCUCAAGUGGGAUUGGAGGGACACUCUACUACUAGAUCUAGAAGAUACAUACAGGCAGAAAACGUGUGGUCUCUGCGGGAACUAUGAUGGCAAUGAAAAGAAUGAUAUGAUGUUGAAUGGCUACCAUCUACUCCCACGGCAAUACGGCAACCUACACAAAGUAGAAGAGCCAACAGAGGAGUGCCCAGAUGUACCUGAGGAAAAUAAAGAUGGUGGGAACAGCAAAUAUGCCUCUCGUUGGAAGAAGGAAUGCAAGAGUAAAUACAAAUCGAAUUGCAAGGAAGCCCUGUCCCGCUUUGGAAAUUGCUCUAAAGUGGUCGACCCUGAUUAUUAUGUAGCUGCUUGCAUUGAUGAUAUGUGUGCCUGUACACAGAAGUCUUCUCGUCCAGACCUGAUUGCAAGCUGUGUAUGCAGCACUCUCGGCCAAUGUUCCCGGGACUGCAUCCUCCGGGGGGGAGACCCUGGAAAAUGGAGAUCGAAGCAGCUUUGCUUCCGAGAAUGCCCGACCAACUUGGAAUACAUGGAAUGUGGAAACCCCUGUGUUGACACCUGCUCCAACCCAGAAAGGAGCAAAGUAUGUAAAGCUCCGUGUACUGAUGGCUGCUACUGCGCUAAGGGAACAAUUCUUGAUGACAUUAGCAGCAAAAAAUGCAUCCCCAUUGGCAGCUGUCCUUGCACCUAUCAAGGCAAAGUCUAUAAAGCUGGAGAGACCUACUCCACUCCCUGUCAACGCUGUACCUGCACUGGAGGAAAAUGGUUUUGCUUAUCAUUGCCCUGUUCCGGAAAUUGCAAUGUAGAACGAGGAUUUUACAUAACUACAUUUGACAAGAAACAAUUUAUUUUCCAUGGCAACUGCCACUAUGUCUUAGCUAAGGACACAGACGGUUCCUUUGUGAUUAUUGGAGAGAUUGUUCAGUGUGGUUUUUCAGACACUAUGACAUGCCUGAAGAAUGUUUUAAUCACGUUAGGAGCUAUUAAUAUAAAAGUAUGUGCCUGUGGAAAUGUCUAUAUCAAUAAUGUUGUUGCUGUGUUGCCCUUAACUAAAGAUGGCAUCACCCUCUUCAGACCAUCUACAUUCUAUGUGAACAUUGUGACAUCUUCACGAAUACAAAUUCAAGUGCAACUAAAACCUACUAUGCAGGUCUUCAUAAUGAUAGAUGAAACUUAUCAUAAUCGAACAUCUGGACUGUGUGGAAAUUUCAAUGAUAUAGAGACUGACGAUUUUCGAACUAUUAGUGGGAUUGUGGAAGCUUCAGCUUCGGCAUUUGGAAACUCAUGGAAGACCACGGCCAGCUGUGCUGAUGUUCAAGACAUCAUUGAAGAUCCCUGUCUGAAAAGUGGGGAUAAAGAAAAAUUUGGGAAGCGUUGGUGUGCCCUUCUGGCGAACCCAAGAGAGAUAUUUGCAAAGUGUCAUGCAGUUAUUGACCCUGCUCCUUAUGUCAAGAAUUGUGCUUAUGAUACCUGUAAUGCUGAGAAGAGUGAAGAGGCUCUCUGCGUUGUAUUCUCUGCCUAUGCCAGAAGUUGUGCUGCAAGAGGAAUACUCCUAAAAGGCUGGAGAAGGGGUAUCUGUGAUGUCUCCAAGGAGUGUCCCCAAACAAUGGAAUACAGCUAUGAAGUGAAGUUCUGUAACCGUUCCUGCCGUUCUCUGAGUGAACCGGAUGUACUGUGUAAUGUCCAGAGUGCCCCCACAGAGGGCUGCAGCUGUCCUGAGGGGACCUACCUAGUGACUGAGGAAAAAUGUGUUCCUCCAGAGGAUUGUCCCUGCUACUUUAAGGACCAGAUGCUCCAGCCUGGGAACUCAUUCCAACAGGACAAGUUCAUGUGCAAAUGCAAUCGAGGGCAACUGGACUGUAUUGGAAACAAGGAAGCUGGAAAAGACUGCCCUCCUUCUAUGUAUUAUUUUGAUUGCAGCUCUGCCCCUCCAACUGCAAGUGGAUCAGAAUGUCAGAAAAGUUGCAAAACUCAAGACAUGCAGUGUUAUACUACAGAAUGUGUCUCUGGAUGCAUUUGUCCUGAUGGACUGGUGUCUGAUGGAAAUGGCACUUGUAUUGAAGAGGAGCAAUGCCCUUGUAUUCAUGAAGGAAAUUCCUAUAGUCCUGGCACGAAGAUCAGAGUCAGCUGUGAUACAUGCAUAUGCCACAAGAGACAAUGGAACUGUACAACCAACCCUUGCCAUGGAAUAUGCACUGUGUAUGGGAAUGGACAUUACCUCAGCUUUGAUGGAGGGAGAUUUGAUUUCAUGGGGAACUGUGAUUAUAUCCUAGCUCAGGAUUUUUGCCCCAAUAAUCCCCAGGAAGGUACGUUUCGAGUUGUAAUGACAAAUGCAGCAUGUGGUAAAUCCCCAACUGUUUGUGCCUUGAAAAUCAAUGUGAUCUUGCAGAACACUGAAAUCAGACUUUCAUCUGGAAAAAUGGAGGUGAUAACCAGUAAGCCUGGCACAGAAAAAAACUAUAAAUUCUACAUCAUGGGGCUUUAUAUUGUAAUUGAAACUUACCAUGGAAUGACUUUUAUGUGGGAUUAGCUCACACUAACUCAGCUUAGAGGGAACACUGGUUGUAAGAUUGCUCCAUCUUUCUGUGGCAAGGUUUGUGGUCUUUGCGGUGACUUUGACAACAGUGCCCACAAUGACUUUACCAGCAGAGGGCAGUCCGUGGAGUCUCAUGCACAGGCAUUCGGAAGCAGCUGGAAAGUCACCACUAGCUGCUCAGACAUGAACAAGACUGACCCUUGUGCAACUCAGCCUCUCAAGCUUGUACUGGGGCAGAAGCACUGCGGUAUUAUCAAGAGCGAAAUCUUCAAACCCUGCCACAAUAAGGUCAGCCCUACUCCCUAUUAUGAGGCCUGUGUGUCUGAUUUCUGUGGCUGUGACAGUGCGGGAGACUCUGAGUGCUUCUGCACUGCGGUGGCUGCUUAUUCCUGGAGCUGUAGCAGAGCUGGCGUCUGCAUUGACUGGCGAACCCCGACAGCUUGCCCUGUGUUCUGUGACUACUAUAACCCACCCAACAAAAAGGAGUGGCAUUAUAAACCCUGCGGAAACCCUUGUUUAAGGACUUGCAGGAAUUGCGCAGGAAGGUGCGGCGAUCUACCAUACAGUUCGGAAGGCUGCUACCCAGAGUGCAGUGCUGACAAACCAUAUUAUGAUGAGGAAAAGAGAGAAUGUGUCUCAGCAUCUAAGUGUACUUUUUGUGAUCCAAAGGGAAACCUGUCCUUGAAAGAUUCCAUUGGAGAUGUAGCAAUGCCGCCCACAACUUUACCAGCGACAAUAAAAAUGACAGCUAUCCCUUGCUACUGUAAUGUAAAUGGAAAGCUGAUAACUAAGGGCAGUAGUGAGUUUGUGACAAUGGAUACUUCAGAUUGGUGUAUCUAUGCCUUUUGUAAUACAUCAUGCCAGAUUGAAUUCAGCUAUGGAGAAUGUUCCUUCACCAUGACCACCACUAGCAAGCCUUCUACGAUCUCCAGGCGCCCUUGUAAGGGGAAUUCUCGGAGCUGUCAGAAUAAGCCUCCUCCCUAUGUAGUUACAAAAUCUGAUUCCACACUUACUCCUGUGAGUGGUUGCACCGAUCUCAACCCUCCUCGAAAGUUUCAAGAAUCAUGGAAAUUUGGAAGCUGCCAAGUUGCCACUUGCUUAGGAGGUGGAAAUCACAUUAAGAUAUCUGAUGUGCGCUGUCCACCUCAAAAGUUAAAACAGUGCAUCAACGGAUUGCCACCAAUAAAAAAGCCUGCAGCAUCAGGUUGUUGUGAGGUUUUUGAGUGCCAAUGUACUUGCAGUGGAUGGGGAAAUCAACACUAUGUAACAUUUGAUGGAUCCUAUUAUAACUUCCGUGGGAAUUGCACCUAUUUGCUGAUGAAACCAAUCAGACCCAGUUAUCAGAACUUCUGGAUCCAAAUGGAUAAUCACUAUAUUGCUGCCAUAGAUGGAGCUGUUUACUCAAUGACCCUUUUCAUAUAUUACAACCAUUCUAUGAUUGUUUUGACACGAGGAGCCAAGAGUGGGAAAGAAGGCAACCUGGUUCUGCUAAACAAUAAGGAAAUUGUUUCGAGUUAUUCUAAGGAUGGCAUUGAUAUCUCCACCUUGGGUCAAUACGUUGUGGUUAAAAUACCUGAAAUUAAACUUUCAGUCUCUUAUACUCACCUCGCUUUUUAUAUAAGCCUGCCUUUCAGCACUUUUUAUAACAAUACCGAAGGGCAAUGCGGUACAUGCACCAACAAAAAGACAGAUGAUGCAAUGAAAAGGAAUGGUAAGAUAGCAGAUUCCUUCACGGAGAUGGCGAUGGAUUGGAAAGUCAUGGACCUUGCCACUAGAUACUGUGAUUCAGGUCGACAUCCGGCAUCUUCCCACUAUGAAAUAUUGUCAUCCAGCAUGGCUACUUGUGGAGCUCCUUCUAUUUGUAAACUUAUCUGGACGUUAACAGACUGUCACGAUGCAGUCCCUCCACGUCCUUACUAUGAGGCUUGUGUUACGGACGGAUGUUCCCUGCCACAGCAGAACACUGAAUGUAGAAGUCUCCAGGCCUAUGCAGCCUUGUGUGGGUACCAGAGCAUCUGUGUGGACUGGAGGAGCAAAACCAAAGGGAAGUGCGAACUCGCAUGCCCUCAAGGUCAAAUCUACAAGCCAUGUGGGAGAAUGGAAAGACACACGUGCUAUAAUGGGAAAAGUGCUGUCAGCACCGAUCCACCACAAGUUGACAUCUCAGGAACACUUGCUGAAGGAUGCUUCUGCCCCGAAGGAAUGAUUCAGUUGAAUGACCAUGACAGUAUUUGUGUUUCUGCUUGUGGCUGCAAAAGACCGGAUGGUCUAUUAAAACAGCCAGGAGAAAUAUGGGAAAAAGAUUGUCAGAUCUGUACCUGCAGCAACAAAACACUGAACAUCACUUGUUUACCCCACAUUUGUGCAAAGUCCCCACCAAUUACUUGCACAAAGGAAGGAUUUGUACCUAUAGUACGUCAACAUUCAAAAGACCCCUGCUGUACAGAGACAGUGUGUGAAUGUGAUGUAAAGUCUUGUACUAUGCCCAAAAGGGAAUGCAACCCAGGCUUCCAGUUAGUAACAGCAACUUCUGAAGGUGGAUGUUGUUCUAUUUAUUCCUGUGUACCAAAAGGUGUAUGUGUAUCUAAAGGAACUGAAUAUCAGCCUGGAUCACUGGUACCUUUAAACUCUUGUGAGGAAUGCAUUUGUACUGAAACCAAGGAUCCUGAGACCCAAAUCAACCAAAUUACGUGUACUCCAGUAAAGUGCUCCACAGAAUGUCCACAGGUGGGAAAGCUCUAUAAGGAUUCACAAGAUAACUGUACUCAGUAUAUGUGCUCUAAAUCAUCCGGUCAGUUUUUUCUGAUCAGCACAAGAAUAUCCUGCCCACCGAUUGAUCAAUCAGGGUGUAUCCCAGUGGGAAAGCUCUAUAAGGAUUCACAAGAUAACUGUACUCAGUAUAUGUGCUCUAAAUCAUCAG